AUGUUCAUUACGAACGAACACGUUGGUGAUAGAUCUCGUAUGGAAGAUUGGAGAAGUAUGUAAUAAUAUAUAUUCAACACAUUUUUUUGAUUGCAAAAAAUUUGAAUCAUGGUAAUGAACUAGAUUUUUACUAACAAAUAUAUUCUAGUAAGAGGUUACGAUCCUUUAUCUCCACCUGAUUUAUUACAACAUGAAUAUCCUUUAACACCUAAAUCUCAGGAAACUAUUCUACAAGGUAGAGAUCAAGCUUGUGAUAUUUUAAAUGGUAAAGAUGAUAGAUUAAUUAUUGUUAUUGGUCCAUGUUCAAUUCAUGAUCCUGCAGCUGCUUUAGAUUAUUGUAAUAGAUUAUAUGAAAUUAGUGAAACAUUAAAAAAUGAGUUAUUAAUUGUUAUGAGGGCUUAUUUAGAAAAACCAAGAACAACAGUUGGCUGGAAAGGUUUAAUUAAUGAUCCAGAUAUUGAUGGUUCUUUUCAUAUAAAUAAAGGUUUAAGAAUUGCAAGAAAAUUAUUUGUUGAUUUAACUUCUAAAUUACCAAUUGCUGGUGAAAUGUUAGAUACAAUUUCACCACAAUUUUUAUCUGAUUUAUUUUCAGUUGGUGCUAUUGGUGCAAGAACAACUGAAUCUCAAUUACAUAGAGAAUUAGCAAGUGGUUUAUCAUUUCCAGUUGGUUUUAAAAAUGGUACUGAUGGUACUUUAGGUGUUGCUAUUGAUGCAAUGAGAGCUGCUUCUCAUCCUCAUCAUUUUUUGCUGGUUACUAAACCUGGUGUUGUUGCAAUUGUUGGUACCGAUGGUAAUAAAGAUUGUUUUGUUAUAUUAAGAGGUGGUAAACAAGGUACAAAUUAUGAUGAAAAAUCAGUUAAUGAAACUCAACAACAAUUAAUAAAAUCAAAAGCAAUAAAUGAACAAAAUUUUGGUCCAAGAAUUAUGGUUGAUUGUUCACAUGGUAAUUCACAAAAAAAUCAUUUAAAUCAACCAAAAGUUGCAAAGUCUGUUGCUGAUCAAAUUUCAAAUGGUAAUAAAUCAAUAUGUGGUUUAAUGAUAGAAAGUAAUAUUAAUGAUGGAAGACAAGAUGUUCCAUCAAAAGAAGAAGGUGGUAAAGAUAAAUUGAAAUAUGGUGUUUCUAUUACUGAUGCAUGUAUUGGAUGGGAAACAACAGUUGAAGUUUUAACUAUGUUAUCUGAAGCAGUUAAAACAAGAAGAUCAAAACAAGCUUAA